UGGUUAAUCUUUACUAUGAUAUUAUGAUUAAAGUUAGCUUGCAGCAAGAUCUUCUGUGUUGUCAUGUACCCGUCUUCGUCUUCAAAUGAUCGGUAUUGGAUUCGUUUUGGCCCCUUUCUGUUUCCAUUUCUUUACACGUUUCCUGCAAUAUACUGUUCUAGCGCUUAAAGUGUAAUAUCGGUUCUUGCUAUACCUACCAAAUUCCUUGUCUAUUUUAGCUGACCCUGAAAUGAGCCGCACAAGCACAGUGGAGAGAGCAAAGUCUCCAUCUGUGGAGUUUGAGACGGUUCCUCCUAAGGUGGAUAUUUCAACCACCGUUUUCGAGUUUGAGGAUCAGGACAAAAAGUUCAGUUGUGCGGAAUACCUCCGAACUAGCGAUUUAUCCCAGCUAGUACAAAUGAUGGCUCACAGCGCUGAGGAGUUCGUGCGUCAUGUGUGGUUACGUGGUUGGCAAGUGGUGCAUCAUAGAAGUUUGCCAGCGUGGUUGAAAGACAACGACUACAUUCUACGGUAUCACCGUCCUCAACUGAACACCUGCUGGGCUUGCUUUAAGUCCAUGUUCCGUGUCCAUACGGAGACUGGUAAUAUUUGGACUCAUCUUCUAGGUUGUGGCAGUUUUUUAGUGAUUUUCGUGUACAUUUUGGUUCAAGAUUCUUCAUUAGUCCAGUGGCAGGACAAACUGGUUUUCUCUGCCUUCUUUAUCGGAGCCGUAAUCUGCCUCGGUUUCUCGUGCCUUUUCCACACAUUGUCCUGUCAUUCGGAGCUUGUCGGUCGACUUUUCAACAGGUUGGAUUACGCCGGGAUCGCUUUUCUCACCGUUGGGUCAUAUGUACCUUAUCUCUACUACGCUUUCUACUGCACUCUUUGGGCCAAGAUAUUCUACACAUUACUCGUCACGGUGCUUGGCACGUCAGCGGUUGUGGUCUCGAUGCACCGAUCAUUCACGUCUCCACGCUAUCGUCCUCUUCGCGCUGGCCUGUUUAUGGGACUUGGUUUGUCCGGCCUCAUCCCCUGCAUACACUCCAUUGUGAUUUACGGUUUUUGGCAUUCGGUGAACAAAGGAUCCUUGGGCUGGUUAUCGGUGAUGGCCAUGCUCUACUUGACCGGGGCUACCAUCUACGCCGUACGUGUGCCAGAGCGUCUGUUUCCAGGCCGUUUCGAUAUUUGGUUCCAAAGUCACCAAAUAUUUCACGUGUUCGUUGUGAUCGCCGCCUUCGUGCACUACCACGGUGUCAGCAAGUUGGCCGACUACAGCCUAACUGAAGGAGAUUGCAGACCGGACAACAUGCAGCUCCCCUUUCCUCCAUCGGAAUUACAGCAUAUCCCAUUGGAGUUCCUCAAACCAUUCAUAAAGUAGUACUGCUGUCACCAUUGUCAUUCUUUCGUCUUUCCAUAGUCUUUCUCCCUCUCAGGUACUAGUCUCUGUUGCGCGAUUUGCUUUUGCUACGUUUCAAUCAGUGUCCGAUAAACACAUGUAGAUGUUGACCUUUGAUCUUUCCAUCCCUUUUGUUUUUAUCUCGGUCACCAUGCUGUGAUCGAGAUUAUAGUUUAUCUUUGAUUUUUUGAUCCAUAUCACUCUUCUCAGUUAUUGCUCCCUAGGAUGCCAAUAUUACACCACUUGAGAUCGAAUUUCCUCAUUGAUACUGUGCUAGGUUCGCGCUUUAAUGUGACGCUUGAUGUGCUCGCCUCUACGGUAGUGCUGUGUGCAUGUUGUCCUCCUCUGUCGGAUGAUACGUUCAACGUGCACAGCGAUUUCUUUCAGCAUCCGAAUCCUCUUCAUAAUAAGUUGUUACGUUUGACUGCUCGGUCGCACCUCUACCAUUUAAUGCACACCGUGCGGUGAACAUUGAUGGUAAAAGCAGAGUUGUCUUUCUCGUUUUCCUCAAUAUGCUGCACCUAAGUCGUCGUGGUGGU